AUGACCGAAAGAGUGGAAAUUCUACGGGAGGGGAGUUGCUCAGUCCUUGAUGGCACUCCUCAAGAUGCUGACAGGGGUGCAGUAACACAUACAGCCUCAGGGGUCUGUGAGUUCUUCGAUAUAGCCACAGAUUUUGAGGAUGCCGAGUCAGCUAAACCUGCUUAUCAAGAGGAAAAGGCGGAAAUGCCGGUGCCCUGCUCUUUAAGGAUGCCUGCCAGUACCACCAGCGGCAGUGGGCAAGAGUCUGAAUGCGACGCGUCCACAAAAUUUCAUGAGUUGCAUAGUGCCCAGCCACUCGACACCAACUGUCCAAUAGGAAAGACCGAAGAUCUGUACUUUGUGCAUAGUGGUAGCUCCCUUGCAACACAGAUCCAGGCGCUGGUAUGCACGGAAAUACGUACUUUCCAGGGAUCUCAGAGGGGCUUACGUCAACUUUUAGCCACUGUGUGCGGGCAUGCAAGAAGUGUUAGGGCGCUGAAACAGCACUACGCACGUUCUGCGAGCAUAGUUUGGCUGCAAGUCAACCACGCACUUCCCAUUUGCAAAGCUCAGUGUAUCCGCCUUAAACAAGCUCGGCAGGUGUACUUAUCUGUACUCCACAGUCUUGAAAAGCUACAGUCAGGCGCUGAAUCAAAUGGACGGGAGGUCCGCAUGGGCGCAUCUCAGUACUACAACAAUAUAAUCAAAGAUUUGCUGGAGCUUGAUGGACUUAGAUGUACUGCAGAGCGCAUAUCAAACGAAAUGCACCUCCGAGAUCAAGCAGAACUCAGCGAGAUGCAUCAAGAGUCACGAUUAUUUGACUUCCAAGCGCUUCUAGAAGCUUUGCAUCAGAGCUACCCUCCAGGAGCAAAGAUGGCCAGAUUGUUAUUGGAGCGGGUUACAGAGGCAGCAGCGACGAACACAUGUUCCUGUACUAGUUGCAGCCACUGCGCUAAAGCGAAGCUUUCUGAAAAACACCAGAGGUCCCAGGACAGUACAUCGACUGCAGCACAUUGCCUUACGCUUGUGGGUCCACCUAUGAUUUCAAUAGGCAAAUGCCUUAUUUAUAUUGGACCAAGGGCAGCUUAUUUGUAUGAGGAUAGCGCGAUGCGUGAUCUACACUAUACGCAGGAACCCUUGCUGCGGCUCUUCGAAAUCGAGAGGAAACUUUCUGCACAAUUGAAUGCUGAGCUAAAGCAUGUAGUGCUCCUCAUUCGUCUAGCAGCCAAUCUUGCAAGUGCAUCUGCGCACUUGGAGAAGUUCGUAGGAAGCCUGGUGGGAAUGCCGUCCCUAGAAGGCACUGCGUUCGGUGCUUUUGGGACAAAGCAAAAGCGGUGCAUCAGGCAGCUAGACCAUUCUUUUAUGCAAGCAAACUCUUGUAGUCGUUGCCCACCAGCACCAUGUUUUUGGUCGUCCGCGUGCGCCUCUCUAAAGUACCCGGCAAGAGCACGCUGGAGGCUUGCCAGGCGGGGAGUUGCUGUCCACAAAGGGGCACUCCUCCGAGCAAUAGACCUCCCCAUAUCCACAGUGCAGGAUGACUCGCAAUGUGCUACUCUGGGGACUUCUCACGCUCCAUUGCGUCUGUUGAGCUCGACAGUACUGGCUUCCGUUCGGCAAGGCAAGGGCGGAUCGACCUGCAAAAGCCAGGCGAGAGCCUGCACGAGCUGCUAUGGUACAAUUCUCAAUGAAGAGGAAAUGCAGCCAAAGGUGACCUGCAUUCGCGCAAGCGCCUCGCCAGCGCAAGUCUCAGACGAUGUAGCCCAAUGUACAGACAACUCCUUUUUAACGAGCAGCGCGGCGACGCAUGGAGUAUCAGGCAGAAUCCUGCGGAGUGAGCGUCGUGCUCUUAAUCUGGUGGGGCAAAGAAGAAGCCAGAGCGUUCCUCCCAGAGCACCAGGCUGCAAGUGGCGUGGUCGUGUGUACUCGAGUACUGCAAGCGUGGAAGCUGCCCCAGGAGUGAAUAGGCCUCGGACUCCUGUCCCAAGAGGUCUGGGGAAGCCGCAAGCUGUGCGAGCGCUCGGGGCACGUUGUUUCUCCAAUGCAAAGUCAGCCAACACACCUGAGGUAUUAAAGGAUCCAAGUGAAUCCAAGGCCUCAAGGGCUGGUAAGCGCAAGGUCGAAAGAGCUCUCGGGGAUCCCGUAAAGCAAAGACGGUUGAAACUGGCAUCAUGGCUGAAAGCAGCCACACGGGCAGUGCAUGCUUUGUCGACGGGCUUAUCCAACAAGUGCUACGAUAUUCUCAACUCCAGCCGUUUGACAGAAUCAUCAAAAGCCUUGAAAAAACCCGCAGGGUUUAUAGAAGAAAUCACCCUUCCUGAUAGUCACUCUAAAAGCACGCGUUCCCACAAGCUACAUCAGCGCACUAGGGCAUAA